CAGCCUGUGUUGGGGCAGGGGGCACACAGCCUGGUAUCUUGGACCACAACUGGACUUUCACUUUUAGAAUGUGAUCUCCUGGGCCUCCUCACCCCUCACUCCCACCACAACCUGUCUGCUGCACUUAAAAAAAAUAAAGACAGCAACCUCACAGAAGCAUCUUUGGGACGCCACAGAAAUCAUUUCUGAACCCCCUCACACAAAAGUGAAUCUGUGAGGUGGGUUUGAAUGAGAGACAGCUGAAGACUUGAAGACCUGUUUAGAAAUAGACACACAUAGACUAUUUUCUUGUGGGAGAUCUCCACUGAGCAAAGGAGAAGCUCCACUAAGCAGCAUCAGUGCUUGCUGAACGGCCUCCACCUGCAUCGCUUCUUGGAGAAGGUAUACAAAUGCUCUCAGUCCAGCCAGACACCAAGCCGAAAGGUUGUGCUGGCUGCAACCGAAAGAUCAAGGACCGGUAUCUCCUAAAGGCACUGGACAAAUACUGGCAUGAAGAUUGCUUGAAGUGUGCGUGCUGUGACUGUCGUUUGGGAGAGGUGGGAUCCACCUUGUACACUAAAGCUAACCUUAUCCUUUGCCGCAGAGACUAUCUGAGGCUGUUUGGUGUAACGGGAAACUGUGCUGCCUGCAGUAAGCUCAUUCCUGCCUUUGAGAUGGUGAUGCGUGCCAAGGACAAUGUCUACCACCUGGACUGCUUUGCCUGUCAGCUCUGUAACCAGAGAUUUUGUGUUGGCGACAAAUUUUUCCUAAAGAAUAACAUGAUCCUUUGCCAGACAGACUACGAGGAAGGUUUAAUGAAAGAAGGUUAUGCACCCCAGGUUCGCUGAUCUAUCAACAGCACCCCAUUAAGAAUACAAAGCACUCCAUUCUUUUAUCUUUUUUGCUCCACAUGUAUAUAAGAAUUGACACAGGAACCUACUGACUAGCGUAGAUAUAGGAAAGCAGGAUGGUUAUAUGGAAUAAAAGGCGGACUGCACCUGUAUGUAGUAAAAUUGCCCCAGUUCAGAGUUGAAUGUGUAUUAUUAAAGAAAAAAAAAGUAAUGUACAUAUUGCUGAAUUUUUUUGCUUGCUAUUUGUUUUUUUGUGUCACUUGGCAUGAGAUGUUUAUUUUGGACUAUUGUAUAUAAUGUAUUGUAAUAUUUGAAGCACAAAUGUAAUACAGUUUUAUUGUGUUA